AUGAGGGUCAAAACUAAUAAUUUGUUUGUGCUACUCUUCUUGACAUUUUUCCUUUAUGUAUCACUCUCAAGUGCUCAACUCCUACCUUAUGAUGUUGUGUCACCUCAUUUAUUGGAUGUUCAUCUUCAAGAUUUGGCCUUUAAGACUCUUUUCAGUCCAAGAACUGGGGUGUCUUAUGAUGUUAAGGUUCCCACCAACCUAACAGGGGUAAAAGUUUCAGCAAUGAGGCUCAAGAGUGGUAGUUUGAGGAACAGAGGUGUUCCCAGCUACAAAGAAUUUAAGAUUCCAAUUGGGGUUUUUGAGAAACCCUAUGUGGAAAGGCUUGUGUUGGUGUACCAGAACUUGGGAAAUUGGUCUGAUACAUUUUAUCCUUUACCUGGUUUUUCAUAUUUGACUCCUGUUUUGGGCCUCUUGGCCUAUAGUGGUGAGAAUUUAUUUGCUUCAGGUUUAUCUGAAUUGGAUAUAAAGACUUUUGAUAAGCCAAUUUUGGUUCAUUUUUCUGAUGUGAAACCAGUACCAAUGGGUGCAUUAGCCAAGUGUGUGUGCUUUGAUUUGCAUGGUUCUAUGCACUUUGAUAUCCUAUUACCUGGGAAUGUGUGUUCAACAAUGCAACAAGGGCACUUUUCCAUAGCUGUGGAGUCAAAUGCCCCAUCACCAGAACCUUAUGAUUGUGGGAAAGUUGAAAUUGGUGAGAAGAAUUCGAAAAAGAUGAAAUUUGUGUUGCGGAUUGGUGGGAUUUUGUUGUUGGUGAUUAUUUUGGGAUUAUUGGUUGUUGGAGUGAUGAUACACAAAAAAGGAUCAUCGAAGGUACAAGAAUUGGAUCGUGAGGACGAAAGCAAUGAAAUUUUGGAUAUGACUUCUAUUGGUGACAUCAAAGUACCAUUUGCAUUUGGGACUCGAACGCAACCAAUGAUAGAACAUGAGUAUUUUGCUUAG